UUCCCGCGAACUCAAGGCUCGCGGAAAGGAAAUGGCGUGGCCGCCUCCCUCCCUCCGUCCACGCCGCCCGUUCGCCAUCCGACGGCCGCGUUUGCACUCGCGCAUUUUCCGCCUUGGCCGUCAACGUAAUGAGCUCGGACGGACCGCGUGCUGCCUGCUGCGUGCGUCUCAUAAGUUUCCACCCACCACGUUCUCCGCCACGACUCCCCAGCUCUCAAAUUCCUCAAACCAUGGCCGCCGCGGCCUCACGGCACCUCUGCUCCGCCACGGCGCUGCUGUCCCCCUCCGCCGCCGCGGCGCCCAUCCGCCAGAGGGUCGGCUACGGCUCCUCCUCCAACCGCCGGUGGCUGUGCCGCCGGUGGGCCCACGGGCCGGAUGCCGCGUCCCGGAUCCGGCGCCUGACGACUCGCUCGAGGACAGCGAGGGUGAGCUGCGCCUAUUCCACCGGCGCUGAAGCAAUCACUGCAUGUUCCUGGAACCAAAAUGUCAUCUGCAGUGAUGUGCCUGUGCUUGUGGAGUUUUGGGCCUCAUGGUGUGGACCUUGUAAAAUGGUCCAUCGAAUUGUCGACGAGAUUGCGGCCGAAUAUGAUGGAAGAAUAAAGUGCUAUAAGCUUGACACUGAUGAUUACCCACAAACUGCAAUUUCCUACAAUAUUGAGAGGGUUCCGACUGUUUUACUAUUCAAGGAUGGAGAGAAAAUACAUAGUAUUACUGGAACUCUGCCAAAAGCCGUUUAUGUGAGGGCCAUUGAGAAUUCUUUCUUAGAACAGUGACCAUUUUGGUUACAACGUUAUAUUGUUACUUGGUCCAGAUUCAUAUCCCAUAUACUUGAUUUUUCACUGCCAGCUAGUGGAAAGAGUAGGGAAGGUAAAGUUGGAGUUACAACUUGAGCUUCUUGUUAUCCCUUAGCUACACAACUUACUGUAAAUAUUGAUGUAGUUCUGAAAAAAAAAGGAUUGCUGGACCUCUUUAUUUUACCUUGAGGGUUGUAAUGAAUCAUGAUUGUUAUCAUUGAUGUGAAACAGGGACGAAUAUUUAAGGCCCUUAGAAAUAUCUUGUUAAAUGAAGUCAAAUUAAGAUUUCCGUUAUACUUUACUUUAUGUACCUCACAUUGUCUGUUUUUCUUCUUCUUUUGCACCCCUUAUGUAUCAACAUUUUCGUGCUAUUUUUCAGAGCUAGAGUAAAUACUUAAUCAUUUAGUUCCUAUAUACAGAAUCAUCUAAGAUCUAACCUAUUCAAGUUUAUCUUCUGAAAAGGUUUAUCCCUGUUAUGUCAGUGCAAUUGUUGUUUCUGUGGGGCUGCUAAUACCGAGCUAAUUGUCCCAGGUAACUCUUCAAGGCAUGUUUGAUUAAACCUCUCCUAUUAUUCAUUGUCUCUAAUCUGUAAUAUAUAUCUAGACUUAACAGGCUAAACCUUGGUUAUGAUGCAUAACUUUUAUUUUAUUACCCUUUAGUUUGCCUAGGGUGUAAUAUUUAGCUCUCGUUGGGCUGACAAAGAAGACCCACACACAAGGUAAAGGCUGGCGAAGAAAAAGACUAGAAUAUUGGCAAGUACUUUGGCAGGCGGUAUCAACAGGCUGUUGCCAUGGAUUUUUAACCUUUCCAUGCUGAAGACUAGUGCAUAGUAAGUAGUUGAGAGUGGCUUGAGUGGAACCAAUGGUAGGAUACAAUAGACUUGCGUUCCUUAGAGAUUGAAUUGCUUAUUAUUGAUAAUAUCCAACUGAAUUAAUUCGAUUAUCUCAUUUUUCGUGGACAGUAGCACAGUUGCAGCUGCUCCUACAGUGGUACUGUUUGGCUAGUGGCUACAUGUAUUUACCCUACCUUUCGGAAUUUGAGCUAUGUACAGUAGCCUUCUGAGGAGGUAUAGCACAAUAAUAUGAUUGGAAUUUCUGGUGAUCACCAGAAUGUUCAGGUAGACCUAAAUGCAGCUGAACCACAUCAAGUGCCACAUGAUGGCGAUCAAAGUUCUGGUGAUCGUCUGAUGACUGCCUGACUUAAAUCAAUUUGCCGAAGUCUGUUUUUUCUCCAACGGUAUUCAGUUUGGAGCUCUGAAGUUGUCUGAGCUUUACUUAAAAUUCAGUCUAAUGCUACACUUGGUUGUAGAAGGUACUGGAGUCUGGAUUGAAGCUUUAGACGCAGGUGGUGCAUCAGGUGCUUACACUUUUUUUCGGGUUUAGGACUUGGAUCAUUCAUAUGUAUUGUAACAACCAUCCACUUUGCCCUUUUCUGAAGUUUUAUUUGUAUCCCUCAUGGCAAUAUCAAUAACAUCUGGAAAAGUA